CCAUUCGAGAUGCAGACGAUCUAUAUGACGAUGGGACUGGGGCUGAUCUCCACUGCCCUUCAGGCGGCCAUUCUCCCACUGACCCUGAUCAAAGACGGCGUUGAAUCGAAUCAGGCCCUGCCCAUGGAUACGGAGAAAUUCGGUUACCUGGAGUUCAAGCCCAAUGGAUCCCUCAUUCUCAGGAGGGCUCCCAACCAGAGUGGCAGCAACCUGCAGAAUCUUCUAAUGCUACGAGGAAUUCUUCAGGCCCUCAAGCUCAAUCCCUCAAAGAUUGCCGAAACUAAUGGCGAAACCCGAUUCGAAUUUAAGAUCUACGGAGAUGGUGUGGAGCACAAGUUUCCGCCCAUAUUGGAGAACAUCAUUCAGCGCAUUCAAACGUACUUUUCGAUCUACCGCUAUACGGAUACCAGUAAACCCCUGCAGCGUAUUGAACCCACUACCAGCGAACCAACGGAGGAUUCUACGGAUGUAACUACCCUAAGAACAGAGGACCAAGAAGAACUGAUAGUCGUGGGAGAACAGGAUGCCUACAUUACUGUGGGAGAUGACACGGAUUAG